CAGUCAGCAGUCAGUAGACAGUGAGUAGUACGCGUACAGUGAGUAUAGUGUGCUCAGCUGAUCGUCAUUCUCCACACGCCAGCCAGUGUUAUGUUGUUCUUCACUGCAAUCGCGUUGACGUCGCUGCUCGGUCAGUUGUCGACCGGAGCGAGAAGUCAAUUGGGAACAUCGGCUCUUGCAAUUUCGUCGUCAAUACCGAUUCCUGAUAUCAAAGACAGAAAUGGACAACCGGGUUUCAAGGUCGGGAAAAGAGCAGCAGCAAUGGGAGCUAUAAUAUUGGGAACAUUACACAGGAACAGAGAGCGGGUUCAAGAAAGGAGGAGGUCGAGGAAAGAAAUAUGUUAUGAUGUUGUUGGCUGUUUUGCUCGAGCCAAAAACUCCAAUCCGCUCAAGAAGACACCUCAGUCUCCAGAUGAUCUGGACACCAAGUUCUGGCUUUUCACUCGACUCAAUCCUGUGGAGCCUGAGGAGUUGGUGUACGGGGACAAGAGACAGUCCAUUGUUAACUCCAACUUUAACUCUAGCAAGCCAACGAAGAUUGUGGCUCAUGGCUUCAAAGGAGAUCAUAUAGGGGCACUUAAGUAUGUCGAGUUGUUUCUAAAAAUGGAGGACUGCAAUGUGGUAUUGGUGGACUGGCAGAAGGGUGCUGCAGGACCAUCAUACCCUCUGGCUGCUGCUAAUACACAGCUGAUUGGACGACAACUCGCUCUACUGUUAGUGGAUAUUAUCUCUCUGGGGACAGAUCCAAACAGUGUCCACAUCAUCGGGUUCAGUCUAGGCGCUCAUGUUGCUGGAUUUGCAGGUCGGGCUGUGCAACAAACUGGUGUGCACAUCGGACGCAUCACAGGCCUUGACCCAGCAUCGCCACUGUUCCGGCAACACCUGAGCGCCUCUCUUCCUCCACUCAACAUGGCCGACGCCAAUUUUGUGGAUGUGAUUCAUACUGAUGCAGCAAAAGUGUGGGCCAAUGGAUUUGGCUUGUACAACCCUCUGGGUCAUGUCGACUACUUCCCUAAUGGCGGCCUGAAUCAGCCGGGCUGUGCAUUUGUCAGGGCAUCUCUGAUAGUAAGCCAUUUCGAGGGACAUGUGAACUCUAGUGUGGUAUGUAACCAUGCUCGAGCCCAUCAUCUGUUCCUUGAGAGUAUAUCCAACAGUGGGUGUCAGUUUUCUGCGUUCCGCUGUCCAGUUGGCCAUGAGUCCUUUCAACAAGCUGAUUGUUUUUCUGAAAGGUGUGAUGUUAAUACAACAGGUACUAGCUGUGGAAUAAUGGGUUAUAAUGCUGACAAAGUGCCUGCAAGAGGACCUCUUUUCUUGGUUACACGUGAUUCAUCUCCUUAUUGUGGUGAACAACUACAUGCAACUGUGGUGGUUUCACAAAAAACCCCAACAACAAGGGGUUAUUUUCAACUUUCAAUUCAACAUGGGGAAGAAAAUACAGCAUUUGAGCUGUAUUGUGAAUUAAAGGACGUUGUGACAGGAGGACUGAGGUUGCAAAGCACUGCUGCAGCCAAGUACAACACUAUAUCUCCAAGCUUAACCCCUGUACUUGAGGCACAGUUGAGUUACCGCUCACUGGAGUUCCAGAACCCAGAUGGUGUGGAGCCAGUCACUCUGGCCAAGGUCUUCAUCGAUUCAAUAACAAUAGCUGAUCUCCAUGGAAAUAGGUGGUACUACUGUGGGCUGAACACAGUACUGGAGAAUAAAGACGGUUCAUCAUUUGACACAAUUGCAGUUCCAAUGAGCCUGAAAAGAUGUGUCGUGUAAAAUAUAGCAAAGCCUCGGGCUCCUUUUGUACUGCAGUCCAGAUACUAUAAUUUUUAAUAAUUGAAAUGUAAGAUAGGAGCACUUCUAAACAGUAUCCUUCUGAAUCACUAUAAUCAAGCUCCAUAACUGCAUCACGUCACGCAUCACCAGCUGAGCACAUGUGCUAAUGUAUUGUAUUAUAAUCGUCACUCAUACUAAUUUCUAAUGUCAGUAUUAAGAUGUAAUACUUUAAUCCAAGUAUUUGGGGGGCAAUACUCAUAUUCCCAAAAUUUGGGAGAUUUGAGAUAAUCAUAUCUGUGAUCUUACAUUGCAUACAUGUUUUUCUAUCUAAUCUUAACCAACUCAUACAUUGUAGGUGUCAUUUUUUAAGGAAGUUGUCAUUGAGAAAACAUUACCAAACAAAAAAUAUAAAAUUAGUGAACAGCAAUUCCUUGACUUUAGGGUAGUAAUGUAAUUCUGACAUCCUACUGUGAGAUUUUGUAUGGUAUGGGUCAGGGUCUCUAAUAACAGUUGGCCUACUAUAUAACUAUAUAAUAAUUUGUCCAGGAAUAACAAUUUACAAACAUUUUUCACUUUAUUUUAAUUGAAAUAAUUUCCUAGGGAAGUACAAUAUAAUUCCAGCUCGGCUACUACUGUUUGACGUAACUUAUAAGUUUUUCAUAACUGAAAUUCAUAGUCUUAUGGCAAUUAAAGUAUAAUUGAUUUGAAAGCAACAUCAAUAAAAAAGAUUAUAUAGCUAGGAUUUUCACAUUGAUGCUGCUAGAUGACAGAUGAUCCCCUUGAAGUGAAGGGUAUAUGGGUUAGCAACUAGCAGCACAGCUAAAGCUUCACUUAUAACAAGGGGCUAAAGUUUAAAAGUGUGUCAUAUACAUAAGACGUUCCUUUAUAUCUAAAAAUGUCUCACAACACUUCGAUUAUCAAUUAUAAUCAAUGGUUAAAUGCACAAUUAUUUAUUAAUACUAAUGGUUUAUAAUUUAUUCUUAUUUGAUAUAGAUAUUGUAAUGGAAAAAUAUAUAUAAAAUAUAAAUGAUAAACAAUUAGUUUUAACGUACAAAUCAUUGUAUGUUUAACAAUUUAUUAGCAUUUGAGACACAUUGUUUCUGUGGUGAAACACUUUUGGAUUUUAGACGAGUUCUUAUUUAUAUCACAGUUUUAAACUUAAACCCCUUGUUAAAAGCAGAGCCUCAGAUGCAUGGCAAACAGCUAACCUGUGUACUCUCUUAAUAACACGAGUAUUUACUCAGAGAGUUGGAUGAUGAGUUUCUCAUAUUUACGGACAUGGUAGUGAGUGCUAAGCGCAGACAUGGAUUUAUGUAUUUGUAGUAGUCAAGUGAUUAAAUGAAGUUAAAAUAUUGUGUUUUUACUUAGUUAUUGGCAAUAAUGAAGAAAACCUUAUGGUACUAUUAAUAUGUGAAUGAAACCAAAGGAGGUUGUAAUAAAGGAGAAUUGGUGAUGUAAUACAUUUGUUAUAUACUCUUUUUAGUCUCAAUAAUGUAGUUAAUAAAAAGUAAUAAUUCAUUUCUCAUAUUAAUUUGUACAGUUUCAUUGAUCAUUUCAUUUAGCUCUAAGCAAAAUGAGCCCAGUCAAAUAUAUUAAGUUACAAAAUAAAGUUACAUCUAGUUUUAAUCAAUGCAAUUAUGAUUAAUUUUUAUCUUAGCUGUUAAGAACAGUGUUAAAAUAAAUAGAUUGUUUUGAACCCUUUAGUGUUACUUAUUUCUACAUCCCUUCAUACAAGCACAACUGACUGAAAAUUA